AUGAGCCAACUUUCGGCUACUCUAAAUCAGAGAAAAGCUGGAACUUUACCUAGUGAUACGGUUCAGAACCUGCGAACUGAUGGCUCUUGUAUGGCGAUUACCACUCGUAGUGGUAAGAUUUUAUUUGGCCCUUAUAUGGGCAAAUCUAUAGAGAAGGAGGUAAGUGUUGAUAAAUUAAAAGAAAGCAAUCCAGUGGAGUCUGAGAAGCUGGAUGGUUUUAUUGACGUGUCAUAUAAAGAAGACGACUAUAAAGAGGAAGUGGUAUUGAAACAAAUUCCAAUACCACCACCUUCAUUUCCUCAGAGGUUGAAGAAGAAAGAAGAUAACGAGAAAUUUAGCAAGUUUAUGGCAAUAAUAAAACAGCUGACUGUGAAUGUGCCAUUGAUGGAGCUACUUGAGAAAAUGCCGAACUAUGCUAAAUUUAUGAAGAAAUUUCUAACAAAGAAGUGGAAGAAAAAGCCUGAUCCUGGAGCAUUUACCAUACCGUGCACAGUUGGGUCCAUAAAGUUUACCAAAGCUUUAUGUAACUUAGGAGCAAGUAUAAAUCUGAUGCCGCUUGAUAUAUACAAGAAUCUUAGAUUGGGGGAGCCUACCCCCCCAACGAUGCAUCUUGUUAUGGCAGAUAGAUCGGUUAAGCGAUCGGUUGGUAUAUUGCACGAUGUGCCAGUAAAGGUGGAUGAUUUUAUUCUGCCUGUAGACUUUGUGAUACUGGAUUGUGAUGUUGAUUUUGAGGUACCCAUCAUCUUGGGUAGACUAUUAUUAGCCACGGGGAGAGUAUUGGUUGAUAUGGAGCUCAGUGAGCUCAAGUUCAGAUAUGGGAAAAAGGAGGCCAGAUUUAAAAUGCAACCUCCUAUAAAGUAG